UCGGAACCACUGUUUUGAAAAGCUCAAUUGCGUCUGUUAUGAUCGGCAGCAGUUCUCUGAGGUCUCCGGUGAAGCAGAGGCAGUCAGAAGUCCUCCGCAUUCUGGAUACAAACCACAUGACGUACGAGUUAGUUGACGUGUCUGUCAGUGAAAGUUUGCUUCAAGAAAUGAGGGACAAAGCCGGCAACCCUGGUGCGAUACCACCGCAGAUCUUUAACGGGGAACAUUACUGUGGGGACUCCCAGAUGCUCUACGAAGCAACUGAGAAUGAAGAAAUCAGGAAGUUUCUGAAGAUGGGGACUUCUGAAGAUGGGGACUAGAGAACACAGCAAGAGAAGAGAUUUCUGUCUGAAGAGGGGACGCCAUGACGCUUUCGCCAAUGACUGCUUUAUUAUUCGUUUUGGGUCUUAGAGAAAAUCUUGCAUGUAGAAGAGAGUCGUGCCAGGGGGAAAGGAACAACAAAGCAUUUCAAAUGACCUUCAAGUCUCCCAAGGAGCCUCUCCCACAUUUGCACAGAACGUUCUGCCACUUUCAAAGAUCCUUUCCACGAAAUCAAAUUCAGCACAGUCUCCUUCUGCAGCAUCCUGGAAAGUUGCUGUGUCGGACUGUGAUGAAAAGAGAAAACACUGAAG